AUGGUAACUUCCAUGUCCAGUGACAUUUCCCUUGAUACGGAUUUAUCUGGCUUUCGCGUCUCGAAAUUAGAAUCUCCUAGUUGCCAGUUUAUAUUCCAGGGAAUCGCCUGUUUCUGGCGUGUUAAUGUCCUUCUUAUCGAUGAAGAUACAUCCCCUGGUUCCAUGCUGCUUCUUAAACGUUCUGCUAGUGACAGCCACCCUGGGUGCUUGGAAGGGGCUGGAGGGCAAGUUGAAUACGGCGACAAGACCUUGCUUGAAGCUGCUGAACGCGAGGUCAAUGAAGAGACAGGAAUUACUGGCUUAACAUUCUUUGGAACCGCUCAAACAAAGUCAUGGGACACUCCUAAAGCUGAUGGAAUACACCACUGGGUCCAGUUCACUUAUAUGGCGACUGUUUAUGGGCAACCUGACUGGAAGGAGAGAAUACAUCUGGCAGAGGAUGAGCAUCAGAUUGGAGUGGUCGUGUCGUUAAUUAGUCAUCGAGCCUUGGGCAUGGAACACGGCAAUGUCUCCGUGGGUACAGGGUGUCUGGCCUUCGAGUUCAACGCGGAGCAUCUGAUGGAGCAUUUAGGUUACAUGUGUAUCCAUGAUGGAGAACCCCAGGAAGAAGAUGUGAGAGAGGCGGAAAGGGUUUAUAAUGAGAGUCCAAAGCACCGUAUGGAAUCUUUCCAGUAUUGCAAGGGGGGGAUUGAGUGUGAGAGGUUCCUUAACUCAGGCAAUCAGAUUCGAAAUAUUGUUGCAAGAUUAUUGAAUAUGGGUUUUCAGGAUAUCAAGAAGCAGGGCCCCGCUAUUAUUGAGUUUUUCACCGGCACUGCGGGAGAGCAUGAAGAGCAGUUUAUGAGAGCACAUCCAUCACGUGAAGCAGUCUCUAUCUUCCGCCCAUUGAGAGAGCCUGCAUACUGGGGUAACGGACUAUUCAAACUUUACACCUCUUCCCAUCACCAGACUGAGGUUCAGUUCCGAAAUACAGAUAACAGGGAUGCGCAUGAGAUUGUUGUUGGAACCGAUGAGGUUUUGGUUAUUUUCGGUGGGCUUCAUAUCCAGCUGUCGCCGAACAGUGGGACACGAAUAGUUUGGCAGGGCUUCUCAAAGCGUCCAAUGCUAGAUGACAUCCGGUCUCCUCUGGCCCUGCCAUUUAUGAAGGUCUAG